AUGAUAAGAGAACUCCCACAAAGGGCGACAAGAGGGAAAAGGAUGACUGAGCUUCUAGGGGAAGAAAAAGAUUUAGACGAAGCUUUUUGGAAUCAAGACUAUUUUAAAGAAAAAGACACCGAUACAGAAUAUGAGGCAGAAAGCGAACAAGGCGAUAUAUCUGCUUUAAUUAUAAAUGAUUUUUUAAUCUAUAAGGUGUGUUCUAUUUUAUAUUGAAAAUAAAUUUAAUUUUUUGAAUUUUAGGUAUAUUUUUGAUGAAGAUUUUUUUAAGUCAGAAUCUGAAGAGGAAGUAGAAAAAGAAACUGAAGAAAAAUCAGAAAAGAAAAUCAAGAAAAAAAAAGAAAUUAAGCAGAAGAAAAAAGAAAAGCAUCAUGUUGUGUCUAAAAUGAAGAUGUUUACACAAAGGCAAAUGCUGGAAGAAGCCGCGAUAACGGAGAUGUAUAAUUCACAUUCGUUGAGGCAGCUACUUAAUAUAGAGGAAGAUAAAAAACAGAGCGCAAUUGUGAAGAAAAAUACUUUUCAGCCAACGUGAAGACUAGUGGAUUCUAAUAAAAGCGGGAAAAGAAAUUUGACACUUUGGACCGCCGAAAAUUUGGAAAUUCCAGGCGCAAAUGAUAUGAAUAUCGAAAAAGAAGAAAAAGGGAAAUAUAAAGACCCGUUGACUGGAACCCAUUAUAACACAGCUGAAGAAUUUUUAAAAGUCAGAGAAAAUUAUUUUCUGGAUCAGGAGAAAACAAUUAUUAAACAAAUUAGAGAACUGCAAGCCCAGCAAAAGAAAAUUUUAUAA